AUGGCAGCAAGGUUCCCGCAAAAUCGCCGGCAACGCACAAACUGCACGCCAGAGCAACUUGUAGUCUUGAGAGACUCAUUCCAGAAGAAUAGGUCACCAAAUUGGGAGACCAUACAGGAGCUCGCCUCCGUGCUGAACCUGGAGGAUAUCAUAGUGAAGACGUGGUUUAAAAACCAGCGUGUGAGAUGGAAGAAGCAGCAGCAACAGAGGCAGACAAGUCCCUCCCCAGGACCCUCCAACCCCAGCACCCAAGCGGAGGAGGAGGAAUUCAGCUUGCCAGUGACCCCAGCCAAUGCUGACUCACAGAGGUCUGAAAGCUUAUGUAACCAGGACUACAGGCCACUUGAGCCUUCGAGUGAUGGGCAGCCUGGAGGGGCUGGUGUCCCUGUGCUGAAUUCCUCCAGGGGGUCUCCACCUUGUGACAUCGAGCAGGCAUUCCUGGGGGCAUGGGAUCCUCCUUGGGCCAAACUUCCCUAUGACAUAGACCAAAUGAUAACACUGUAUCAUUUACCUGAAGAAGAGGAUCCCAGCCUAGAAGAGUACCUCUUCCCAGAGUGGUUUAGUUGA